GACAGACCAGAACAACGUGGGCUGCCACGGCUUCUGGAGCAUCACGGAGGUGAAGGGCAUGCUGCAGCGGAUGGUAACUCUGUGGCGCCCUCCGACAUGCCAGAUGGCGGAGAUGACCUACGUGAUGAAGAAACAGAUCUUGAAGAUGUACGCGGAAAUGAACAAGCGCCUGUUCGACGCCAUGCCCACCAUGCUCAUGGACGAGGAGCUCGCCAGGCAGGGCACGCUGGACGACGCAGUCGCCGGGCCCGAGCCGUACGACCGCCAGACG